GGGUGGGUGCACUUAAGCCAGGAACAUGGCCACUCGCCGCCUGACCGACGUCUUCAUAUUAUUGCGGAACAAUGCCGCCCACAACAGGCACAUUCUGGCCGAGCAAGUGAGUAAUGGCGGCGGGAGGGCGCCCGGCCGCGGAGCGGAGCUCGAUGAGCUGGAAGAUGACCGCAUGGCCUUGGUGUCGGGCAUUAGCCUGGAUCCAGAAGCUGCCAUUGGUGUCACAAAGCGCCUAUCUCCAAAAUGGGUGGAUGGAGUGGAGGAGAUUAAUUAUGAUCUCACACGUAUUAAACAGAAGAUGAAGGAACUGGCCAGCUUACAUGACAAGCACUUAAACAGGCCGACGUUAGAUGACAGCACAGAAGAGGAGCACGCUAUAGAAAUCUCCACUCAGGAGAUCACACAGAUGUUCCACCGCUGUCACCGGUCAGUGCAGAGCCUACAGAGCCGAAUACGUAACUGCACAGAGCAAGAGGAGCGGUUGUUGCGUAAUGUGGUGUCCUCACUGGCACAGUCUCUGCAGGAUCUCUCCACCAACUUCAGACAUGCUCAGUCUGGAUAUCUCAAGAGAAUGAAGAAUCGAGAGGAAAGAUCUAAACAAUUCUUUGACACGUCUGUCCCCCUCAUGGAUGAUGGAGAGGACAAUACACUGUAUGAUCGGGGCUUCACAGAUGAUCAGCUAGUUCUGGUCCAGCAGAAUACAUUAAUGGUGGAAGAACGGGAGAGGGAAAUUCGUCAGAUAGUACAGUCCAUCUCUGACCUGAACGAGAUCUUCCGAGAUCUGGCAACCAUGAUAGUGGAGCAGGGUACAGUUUUGGACAGAAUAGACUAUAACGUUGAGCAGUCUUGUGUUAAGACAGAAGAAGGCUUAAAACAAUUGCAAAAGACUGAGCAGUACCAGAAAAAGAACCGCAAGAUGCUUGUCAUUUUAAUCCUGUUUGUCAUCGUGAUUGUUCUGAUUGUCGUGCUAAUUGGUGUAAAGUCCUAAUAGGUCAUUUUUAAGAUUUAUUUGUAUUAGUUUGGACCUGCUCGUGUUUCUGACAACACUUCCGUUACUUUGUACAAGCUGGGGACACUCCGAAACGCCUGCAGCACUGCUGAUGGUUCAAGAAGCGAACGCAAAGUCCGGGGGUUUAUUUCAUCACAUUGGCAUUCUUCCCGUUCAACAAUCACUUCUAGUGUUUCCAGAUGAGACAAUGCGGACCAAAGCAACCAUGGCCUAGCAGUUUGCACUACUUGUUUAAAAGGAACACUAGUAAUUGACAACUGAUUUGGGAAUGAAAGUUCCAGUUAUGUUUA